AUGGGUGACUCAGCCCCAACCAUUACCUCGAAGCAGUCUCUCAUCCUCGACUUGCCCCCAAGCUGCAUAGAGUUCUGCUCAAUACAUCCGUCUUAUUUCGUAGUCGGCACAUACAACUUGGUCAAAGAAGAGGAGGCGAACACUGAGUUGUUAGAAAACGCAGAUGUUGCCGUUCCCAAGAAACCUCAAAACCGGAACGGUAGCUUGAUCGUAUAUCGGCUCGUAGACGGCCUUGUUCAACAUGUGCAAACACUCUUGCACCCUUCAGCAAUUCUUGAUCUGCACUUCUGCUCAUCGUCUGGGCGGGAGGAUAUCUUGGCUGUAGUUUCGAGCACGGGAACACUUUCCAUCUUCAAGUUGGCCCCGGACACCGACGACGCAGAGCCGUUGAAGCAUUUGGCCACGAGCAGAAUCUCCGAUGUACCUGAAGGCGUUCUCUUCCUCUCUGGGGUUUGGGACCCGAACGAUGCCGCCUCUAUGGCGUUGACAACCUCGUCGGGUGAGGUGCGCAUUGUAAAACUCGGCGAUUCAUGGGAGAUUGUAGAUGAAGAGGACUCGGAGGCUAUUAUUACGCAUUCUCUCGAGGCCUGGACAGUCGCUUUCUCGCCACCUGACCAAACCACGCCAUUCAUCCUCUACUCCGGAGGAGACGACUCGGCAUUGCGCUACACAUCGUAUUCUCGCAACGAGGAUGCGGCUAUCGAGGCUCUGUAUGCGCCCCUUAACAUCCCCGGCCACGGUGCCGGCGUGACGGCUAUCCUCCCUAUACCGCUCACUCUUGCAGACAACUCAAGACUACUAGUUACGGGUAGUUAUGACGACACAAUAAGAGUCUUUUCGGCACAACCGCCGCACGAGACGUACGGUAUGCGAAAGGUCAAAUGUCUCGCAGAGGAGAACCUAGGAGGUGGUGUGUGGAGGCUCAAGUUGAUCGACAUGAAAAGCAGUGCUGAUCGAUGCCGCCUGCGCGUCCUGGCAUCGUGCAUGCAUGCUGGCGCCAGAGUCGUCGAACUCGAAGGCCCGCUAAGCGGCGAAGACUGGGCCGUGACUGUCCUGGCCCAAUUCGAGGAACACAAGAGUAUGAACUACGGAAGCGAUUUUGUGCCGGCAUCGGAGAGCAAGCGUCUUGAGUGUGUAUCGACGAGCUUCUACGACAAGCUUUUGUGCCUGUGGGAGGUAGAACUAGCCUAG